CUUUAUGUUCAUUAAAAAGCUGUUUAAUGCAAAAAAAAGAAUAAUUCUAGAGCGCGUCUUUGUGUAGAAGGACCCCGUUUCCGCAGCACUACAGACCUCGGUUUAUUGCGCUAAUGCAUCGCUGUAUAACAGGUCAUUUCUUAAGGUGUGCACAAACUGCAAAACUAAGUGAAAGGCAACAAAUACAUAUAUUUACCUUUUAAUAUAAUUUCAACAUCUGCUAAUACUCAUAAUUCCCAAUGCAAACUGGAUUUAUUGAGGCUUCUCGGCUUCUCCUUGGUUUACAUGACAGAUUCACGAUGAUUUCAUCAGCCCAUUCUUCUCUACCUGAAUGCAUGAUAAAUAUAGCCCACGGUUCUUCUACUGACAGCGGACUCGAGCGUCGUCGUGAUGUCAGUGGAUUUUAGGUGCCCCCUCAGGAUGCCUGAGUAGAUGCGCUCGCCGCCAAUGAGCGUCUCCAGUGUGUGAAUGUCAUUCAUUCCUCUGGCUGCCUUGAGAACUUGCCAUCACGGAUCCUAAUUUGGAUGUAAAAAAGAGAAGAGAAGCACCUCUCCGGUUCGCCGCUGCCCCUCGAUCGCGUGACAUUCUGGAGCGUCUAAAACCGCGUUAACUGCGCGCGACUAUGGAGUGCCGAGUGCUGUCGAUUCAGAGUCACGUCGUGAGAGGAUACGUGGGCAAUAAAUCUGCAUCCUUUCCCUUACAGGUCUUGGGGUUUGAGGUAGACUCGAUCAACUCUGUUCAGUUCUCCAACCACACAGGGUACUCUCACUGGAAGGGACAGGUCUUGACUGCAGAUGAGCUUCAUGUCCUGUAUGAAGGGAUCAAGCUCAACAACGUCAACCACUACGACUAUGUACUUACAGGUUACACUAGAGAUACAUCGUUUCUGGAGAUGGUGGUUGACAUUGUUCAAGAGCUGAAGAGGGCCAAUCCUAACCUUGUAUAUGUUUGUGACCCUGUCUUAGGUGACCAUGGUUCAAUGAAUCUCCAUCCUGUGUACAAGAAUAAAGUGGUGCCUGUGGCCGAUAUCAUCACACCCAACCAGUUUGAGGCUGAGUUGUUGACAGGGAAGAAUAUCAGCACAGAGAAAGAUGCUGUUGAGGUGAUGGACCUGCUGCAUAAGAUGGGUCCAGACACUGUGGUCAUCACCAGCUCUGAUCUGCCCCCUCGUCUCGGAGACAGAUUCCUGGUGUCUUUUGGCAGUCAGCGCAUUUUGAUGCCGGACGGUACAAGGACGACCCAGCGGAUCCGAAUAGAGGUGCCGAAGGUGGACGCGGUGUUUGUGGGGACCGGUGAUCUAUUUGCUGCUAUGCUGUUGGCCUGGACUCACCAUUACCCAACAGACCUCAAAACGGCAUGUGAGAAGACUUUCUCCGUCAUGCACCAUGUCAUUCAGAGGACUAUAUCUUAUGCCCAUGGUAAAACAACAGCGAAAAGUUGUUUAUUUGAUAUGUAUAUGCAUGGUGUAGGGUUGAACAUUUUCAGCAUCAGGCGAUACCAACAACAAAAACUAAUAUAUUACUGA